AUGGAGGAAGAGAAGGCAUUGAAGCAAUUAAGAAGGACACUGGUGCCUCAUGCGAGACCAGUGCCCAAUUUCAACCAUCCUUUCUUACCCCAGAAGUCUUCUAAGGAAAUUACAAAACCAAAGUCCCCAAAAUUGCGAGUUAUUCGGAGAAAAGAGGAAAGGCGAAAGUUUGUCUGUGACAUGAAAGCAACUUCUAGUGCAGCCUUUAAUAUGAGGUGA